AUGUCUUCCGAUACGGCACAAGUCAGUUCCCUGCCACUACCACCAAUGCAGUAUAUAAAUUUUUACACGGAUGAAAAUGUACGAAGAAAUAGAGCACCUCUACCCCCACGUCCAAUACAUGAUUCUUAUUCAAUGUUUGGACAUGCAUUUAAUGCUGAUGAUACAAUAAUAAGGUCUCUAGAAAGUCAAGGCUUUCGUCGGUUAUAUCCAAUGCAUUUUGAGAGGCGACGAGAAUUAAAGAAAUUAAAUCACUCUUUACUAGUGAAUUUUUUAGAUCUUUUGGAUUUACUUGUUCAUUGUCCUGAUUCACCAAAAAGAGCUGAAAAGGUUGAAGAUCUGAGUUUAUUGUUCAUACACAUUCAUCAUUUAUUAAAUGAAUUCAGACCACAUCAAGCUAGGGAGACAUUGAGGGUAAUGAUGGAACUUCAAAAACGACAGCGUGUGGAAACUGCUAUGCGAUUCCAGAAACACCUGGACAAGGUUCAAGAUAUAUUGCAAAACGCACUUCAAAGUCUGCCAGAUCAAAAUGAAAUUGAAUCAAAUUUUAAAGUACCUAUAGAGAUCCUGGAACACAUGGAUUGCAGUCCUAGUGACAAUGCAAAUGCAGAUUCUUGCUAUGAACUUGACCGUAUUAUGUGCAGUGUUAUUGAUAACAUGAGAUAG